CAUUCGAACAAGGUGAUGUUCCAUCAUUCAUAUCUUCUUCCAGAGUAGUUGAUCUAUUUUGAGCUUAAUGUUGACAUAUAUAUAGCAUUAGUAUUCAUGUAAAUGCCCGAGUUCCCGCUGCCAAUUCUUAGCUUCAAUCAAAGCCAAGAAACGGAAUGGAAGAGACUGGCAUUUUGACUGUGGAAAAGAUAGAUGGAAAAUCAACCGCCACUCGCUGCUUCUCCAAAUACCCUCUCAAGCUGAUCAUCCCCAAGAAGGUUGGCUCCUCUACCACCGACGCAGUAUGGGUCUUCAGUCUAUCCUACGGCGGCGGCAUCGUCUCGGGUGAUCGAGUAGCUGUUGGGGUAAGUGUGGGUGAUGGGUGCGCUGUGGCUCUGACAACUCAGGCUUCAACCAAGGUAUACAAAUCUAUUGACUCAAAAUGCAGUGAGCAAUUCCUAGAGGCUAAAGUCGGAAGGAAUGCGUUGUUGGCUGUUAUUCCAGAUCCUGUUACUUGCUUCUCAACUGCUAGAUACGCUCAAAAGCAGAUAUUCCAGAUCUUUUAUGAUUCUAAUUUGGUAAUAGUCGAUUGGAUUACUAGUGGACGAUAUGAGAGCGGAGAAAAGUGGGACUUCGAGCUUUACAAGAGCAGCAACAACAUAUUAUUUGAAGGAGGCGAACCACUAUUUGUUGAUUCGGUUUUACUAGAGCAGAGAUCAACUACUAGCAUUGCUGAACGCAUGAAAGAUUACCAAGUUGUGGCAAUGGUUGUAAUUUUGGGGCCCAAACUAAAGCACAUUCAGGAUCUGAUACAAACUGAGGUUGAGCAUUUGAUGUCAGGAUACUUUCGCCCAACAACAGUGCAAAAAUUGAAUUCAGAUUGUGCAAAUGGGCCAUCCAAGCCUCCAUUAUUUGCUUCUUGCAGCUCCUUUGGGGCUAAGGCAGGUCUUGUCGUUCGGCUUCUUUCAACAACAACAGAAGCUGUUUAUUCCUUCUUAAGCCAUCAUCUUGGAGGCCUAGAGCAGUUUCUUGGGGCUCCUCCAUAUCGCAGGUGAUUCAUACAAUCUUUGAAGCUAGAGAUUUCUAGUCUGACCUCUCAUCAAUGAUUAUCCUGAAGACAAACUUCACAUACAGUUUCUAGCUCCUUAUGCACUGUGGAUCCCUCUCUUAUAUACCAGAGUCACUUCUGUUUCAUGAACAGAGACCAUUGAGUUAAGAACAAGGACAAGCUGCUGGAAGUCAUGGAAGGUUAAACGUCACAAACUUUGUGACGUAGUCAAAUUGGAUGAUCUCAAGGAACUCAUUGAUUGCUCCCACAUCCGGACAUAUACUUAUAGAGGAGAGAUAGUACUGUGUCUGAGACCGCAAGCUCAAUCUAUCAUUUCGAAGAGGAAUAAUAACAAGUGUUGCACAUGUGGCAAAAUUCUUCAUGACUACUUUCACUACUGCAGCCUUACUUGCAAGGUGGAGCACGUGCGGUUGCAGGGGAAUGACAUAUCAAGCAUAUUAUUCCAUUCUGAUCCAUCACAAUUUGUAUUAACCGAAUCCGAGAACUUACAAACGAAUGCCUAUGAUCAACCUGAUGAGGAAGUAUUUGAUGAUGAUGAUCAUAAUGAGAUCACACCAGAUCUAGCUCCAAUAGACUUUGUGCAGGGGGAGGGAAGUUCAAGCGGAUGGAGCAUUAGUGA